CAUUUCGUAUGAACUCCGAACCGUUUCUACGCCUUUCAAAGCAGCUUUUACGUACAGAACAUAUUAGAAAAAGCAUACACAACUUUCUGAGUGUUCAUACAGUUUCAUUUAUUUGCACUUUCUCGAUUAUUGCUGACAAAUGUUUUUGCGACAUCACAAGAAAAGUUGCCUACCCUGCCACGGGAUCCCGUCAUCCCGACUCGCAAACCCCGCUGUCCACACUGGGUGUCGCUCCAUAUGGCUUCGCCAUUUUAUUUUAUUUAAUUUUUAGUUCGUUGGGCGAAGCCAACCAAAGCACGUCCUAGAAUGUGUGUACACAUUUCACUCACCACUACAUAUCACAGACAACCGAUUUGAAUGCACUUACAUUCAUUCACUCUCUCCGAACACAACUUCUUACGUUUGGCGCCAAAGCAAGCCGGUUAUGCGCACCACCAGCUCCAUCGGUUGUCGACUCUCUCACAGUAUCCAGGCUACAUGCGCUGCCGUUAUUGAGCAGAGUCUCUCUCUCUCUCUCUCCUCAUUCUAGUCCGAAAAUGUGCAACUGUCGAAAGACACUGUGCAAUACAAAGCAGUGCACGUGUAAGAAAACGAGUGCUUUUUGCUCAGAGCAAUGUGGAUGUCCCAAGGAACUUUGCCAAAACCGACCUGAGGCUGAAGAUGCAUCACAAAAUGAAGAGGCUGGUGCAUCUGUGAAGGCUCUGGCUUGGGCGGAUGUUUGGAAGUCACUCGAUAAAGAAAGAGAGCUGCUUCAAUUGCUAUCUCAAUUCAGAGUCAUACCGAAAAGACUUAAAGAGAUCAUGGAAAAGAGGAAAGGAGACUUUGAUGAGAUGACAGCGUUGCUCGCAGAAAUGAAUGGCUUAACAAUGGCAAAUGCAAAUGCUGAAGAACUCACCGAAGACGAGUGGAAAUCAUUUGAGCAACAAUUGGUGCAGUGCUCAAAAUGUGAGCGCAGGUUUCAUCCGGAGAGGAUUGAGAAACAUGAAGGCAUUUGCCCGAAGAACGUAUUAAAAAAAACAGUAACGUUUCUUCUGUAAUGUUGUAAUAAUGUUUCUUGUGGAUUUUGUGCAUUUCUUAAAAGAAAAUUGUUUUGGUU